GCACGUCCGACACGGUACGGCGGUAGGCAGGCUUUCCUUUCGAGUCGCGUCAGUUAUCGAGAAUGUCUCUGUGCGAGUGGUACGCGAAUCGCACGGUGCUCCUCACGGGGGUCACCAGCGAGCUGGGCCGCGCCGUCCUGGAGAAGCUUCUGCGGACCUUGCCGGACGUUAAGGUGUGCGUGAUCCUCAGGAGCCGGGACGGCCUGAGCAAGGACGACCGGCUGAAGAAGAUAUUCGCGUCGCCCGGGUACGAGCGGCUGAGACAGGAGGUGCCGAGCGCGAUCUCGCGCGUGCAAGCGUUCGAGGGCAAUCUGCUUUGCCAAGAGCUCGGUCUAAGCGCCGAGGACAAAGCCUCGCUGAGGGAGGUCACCGUGGCCUUUCACGCUGCCGGGCCGCACAGCGUCGUCCUGGAAUAUUGUCAGGAUUUGCCGAAGCUUAGGUGCGUCGCCCUGGCGUCCAGCAUCUUCAAGUAUCGCGGCAAGAUAAGCGAGAGCUUGCAGAAUGAGGACAUCCCCAAGAUACCGGUCGCCCUUGUGCGCUUCCCUUUCAUCGGGCCGGCUCACAAGCAACCCAUGCCCGGUUUCGUCGAGAUUCUCCGAGGACCCACCGCGUUCAUGGUCGGCGCCGGCUACGCGUUCGGCAACGCGGAUUCGCAGGCUGAGCUUGUUCCGAUGGACCUGGCGGUGAACACGAUGAUCGCCGCCGCGUGGGAGGUGGCCACGUCCGACAUCGCGGAGCCGGUAGUCUACAACGCGGCGACGAUCGGCUGCACGUGGCAUGAACUGGAGAAGAAGAGCAGACGAGCCAGCUGGUCAUUCCCGUAUCCGACCUUUGGGAUACGCGGAAUGACGAACAACGCCUCGCUGUACUGGAUUUUGAUCGUGCUCCUCGAAUGGCUGCCGUCCAUGCUCUGCGACAGCGUCCUCAGCCUAUGCGGCGGGAAGCAGAGGAUCGUCGCGGAGUACGACAGAGUUCGUAAUGCACUUCGAUCCCUCAAGUCAAUUUCAUGGAGGCCGUGGCCGGCGGAGAGGAAGCGCGUGUACCGGCUGGAGAGCCGCCUGACGGAGAAGGACCGGGAGAUGUUUCCGGUCACCGCGGACAUCGACAUCGAGGCUUAUAUCCUCUGCGUCGCGGCCACCGUACGGAAGUACUGCGUGAGCGAGGCCAACCUCCAAAUUAUGAAGGUCGUGCGCACGCUCCUCCUGCUCACGCCCGCGAUAUUCGUCGUCACCUACAUCGUAUUCCUGAAUUAUCGCACCAAGAUCGCUAUCAGAUAAAGAAGGACCCACACGCAGGGUGUCCUCAAGCCUUUGUCCUGGAAAAGAAUAAAGAAGAACAAAACAUCUGCGGUGGAGGCUUAGCUCGUCGUUCUUCGAGCGCUCUGUAAUAAUAAUCUCAACAAGUAUCGUUGAAAUUCGUAAACAUGCGUUCUGAAACUCAAUCGUACGCUCUCUUCUCACGCGCAAAAAUUUAGCCCCUGAAUAAUCAACUCUUCGCAAAAAUGACGGUCGGGACAUUUGUUUUCCAGAUGUUUCAGACGUUUAAUAAAUUCAAUGCCGAAAAUAAAGCUUUUCAGAAUUCCA